UGAUCAAACGUUUAGUUCAGUUGAUAUAUUUUGUGUUUAGUCUGUCGAGCUUUAGUGCCGUAAAUCGUUCUUUCUCGCGCAUGCUCGCAACGUGUAAACACAGACUCCGCAUGGUUUCCUGAGAAGUGAUAUAAAAGAAUAUACUAGAGAAACCGUCAGCAUGAAGGACACACCGAUGUCCAACUGUGAGCGGGACUUCAUACUGAAGGCCAUCGAGGAGAAAAAGCGCCUGGAUGGGCGACAGACGUAUGAUUACAGGAAAAUAAAAAUCACUUUUGGGACUGACUAUGGAUGCUGCUUUGUGGAUCUGGGACAAACCAGGGUCAUGGCCCAGGUGUCAUGUGAACUGGUGGUGCCAAAGGAAAAUCGUCCGAACGAAGGAAUCAUGUUCUUCAACCUGGAGCUGUCGCCGAUGGCCUCCCCGGCUUUUGAGCAGGGAAGACAGUCGGAGCUGUCAGUGAAGCUGAACAGACAGCUGGAGAGAUGCCUGAGGAACUCCAAGUGCAUUGAUACAGAGUCCCUGUGUGUGGUGUCUGGAGAAAAGGUGUGGCAGAUCAGAGUAGACGUCCACACGCUGAAUAACGACGGGAACCUGAUGGAUGCCGCCAGCGUGGCCGCCAUCGGCGCUCUGUGCCACUUCAGACGACCCGACGUCAGCAUCCAGGGAGAGGAGGUCACGGUGUAUAGUCCAGAGGAGAGAGACCCCAUUCCUCUGAGUAUCUACCACAUGCCCAUCAGCGUCAGCUUCGCCUUCUUCCAGCAGGGAACCUUCCUGCUGGUUGACCCGUGUGAGCGGGAGGAGCGAGUGAUGGACGGCCUUCUGAUGAUCGCCAUGAACAAACACAGAGAGAUCUGCUCCAUUCAGUCCAGCGGGGGCAUCAUGCUACUGAAAGAGCAGGUGAUGAGAUGCAGUAAAAUAGCCAGCGUCAAGGUGUCUGAGAUCACAGAGCUCAUCAACAAAGCUCUGCUAAACGACAAGACUGCCAGGAAAGCAGGUGGGAGGUGUGGUUUUGCGGAGUCCAUGCCACAGGAGCGAAUCACAGCUCUGAAAACGGACCAGACAGCCGUGGAGAUGACCGAUGUCAGUGAAACAGCCAGUAGCAUUGUCCAGACAGCCGUAGCCCCACCUCAAACGGUGCCAUCCCCAUCGGUGCCAGUCCCAGGGGUCGGACAGGUAGGGGAGGGUCUGCGCAACACCUGGGGCCUAGAAGAAGAAGAGGAGGAGGAGGAGGAGGAGAGCUGUGGAGGGGACAGUGUGGAGGAAGUGACAAAGAUGGAUGUGGAACUGCAUCAAGAAGACAAGAGCAGAACAGUGGAUGUUGUGGAGAUAUUAGAUAGUGAUGAAGAGGAGGAGGAAGUGGUCAUCCUUUAUCCCGAGGCAACAAAAAAACCUAAAAAUACAGGGUCCAGUUCUGGCCAGAAGGGGGCAGGAGCAUCCAGGAAACAGAAGAAAAAAUGAUUCGUAUUGCAAUUGAUCUGACAGCAUCGAAAAAUAAAAAAAAGUAGAAUGACAUCGAAAUGCAAUGAAAAUUUAACAUUGCGCUAAUAAAUAUAUUUUUUACAUAA